CCGACCCGGCGACGGCGAUGCAGGUUUCUGAUCAGCUGCCCAGAGACGCGCCACUGAUGGCUCGGAGGGCGCCGGUACCCAGCCGUGCCUCCAAUUCAACAAUAGACAAGACAAGACAAGGCCAGGCUGGCGAAGAGGUAUAAAUGGAGAGUUGUUUUUGUUGUCAGGACUUUAGGCAUCCAUGGGAGGUUGCGAGUGUCUCUAUUGCGCACGUUUAUAUCUACCUCGAAAGACCCUGCCGAGACACAGCGAGACACAGCGAGAGCCGAGACAAGGAGAAACUAAAAGAGACAGAGUAAAAGACCAACAACAUGGGCCUGGCACAUCACGUCUUCAACGAGGUCGAGUUGUUUUCCCUCUUUUCUCGGCGCGACUGGACCGGCGUCAUCGUGCCCUCGUGUCUAUUCGCGGCGGGCCCAGCCUUGACACUCCCUCUCAACGUGGCACUCCCCCGAUGCCUAUUCGUGGUAGCGUGGACAUGCCUCUACCUGUACGCCUUCAACCUAGCGAACCAGUCGCUCGGCGACAUCGUCGAAGACCGCAUCAACAAGCCCCACCGGCCCAUUCCGUCGGGCAGGGUGUCGCUGCGCGGCGCCCGGGCCCGCUGCGCUGUUGUUUGGGCGCUCUUCCUGUCGACGGCGCUCUUCUACAGGACGAUAUGGCGCGAGAACCUUACACACUUGGUCAUCAGCCUCUUUCUGGUGCGUACGCGGGCGGGCGGUCAUUGGAUCGGCAAGAACGUGGUUGGAAUAUCGCUGUUGGGGGCCGUGAUGCUCUCCGCGCCGCGCAAGAUCAUGAUGGGCACUAGCCUCGUCGGCUCGCAGACGAUGACGACAACAACGACAACGACGGCGGCGGGAACGGUACUGAUGGGAACAGAGAACGACGUCGUGGCUAUCUGCGUAUGGCUGGCGCUCUCUUACCACGUCCAGGACUUUCGCGACCAGGCGGGCGACAAGGCGGUCGGCCGAUCGACGCUGCCGAUUGCGUUUGGCGACGUCCCGGCCCGGCUCGUCUACACCUUUGUCUUCAUGCCGGUGGGACUCGCCGUCGUGUGCGCGUGGGGACCGGGCGGGGAUGCGCCGUGGCUGGUGGCGGCGAUGCAUGCGUUUGUCGGGUACCGCCUUUUGGCGUUUCACGACAAGGACGCGGACGACUGGACAUACAAGAUCUUGCUCUACAUCUUUUGCGUGCUUGCGGCUCUGGGCUCGGUUCGCUACCUCAGAUCGGCGGCGCUGUCGUCCUCUGUCGAGGCGACGAUGCGCGGCUGGGGCAGGGGCGAGGAGCUUCGCAACUGGCUGGCGCUGGGAGUGGCGUCGCCUGGCUUCUGAUCCGGAGGGGAAGGCUGCCGCGCGCGGUUGGCGAUGGCGAUGGCGAUGGCGGCCGUGUUCGACACACGUGGGUGGUAGAGUAGGGGCUAUGCGUGCCGUUGUGGUUGUGCAUACAAUGGCAGGAAGGGGUUAGACGUUAAAGCGAAUCCGGGGAUGCCCCGCCGGCAGUUGGUUACCAACACGUCAAGCAAGGAUGGAUGGAUGGAUGGAUGGGGUCGUGUGACGGGAGCAUUUUCACAUGCUCCCCGUUGUGAAGUUAGUUUGUUAGUUGCGGGGACCAAUGACGGUGGCAACAAUGGCAUUGUCGUGUGUCACUCACUGAUGGCGCCGGUAGACAACUUGUAAAGAAGGCCAUGAAUGGGUGACGACUGG